UAUUCGUUACUGCCCUGUGACCUUUUUUUCUCCUCAUGUUACCGUACCGUAUUUGUUUUCCAUCAUUACUGUGUUGUAUCCUACCUUUCCUUUACGCCCCGUCAUUUUAUUUUACUCAUGGCAGCCCAUUUGGUAACCCCUGCAUCCUUCACGAAUAUUUUUCCUAACCGCGCCGAUUUCGCUUUGUUGUCGUAUUUCGUUCUGAGUUCUGUCGCCUCCGCCGCCGUGUGAGGUUGUGUACCGCCAGUGUGCUAUCUGCUGCCACCACCGCCACCAAUAUAAUUGAAGUGCUCAUAUAUUCAAGUUUUUAAGUCAAACCAGAGAGCCGGCCCUAUUUAUUUCAUUUUGAUUUUCAACAUAGUCCUCCGGGCCGGAUGACUUUUUGAUUUCUGUUAAAUUUGCUUCUUUGAUGAUUUGCUGAUUGAUUUUGACUGAUCAAGACUGAGAUUGACUUGUGAAUUGUGUAUAUCAAGAUGGAGAGUGAGGCACAGCUUAAACAGAAAAGGACUGUGGCUCGAGGUAAGGCAACCAGACUGAUGAAAGAGCUUGCCGAAUGUGAUAAUUCUCAAGAGGACGACCUUGCCUUGGCAAUACACCACCUUGAGCAGCACGUUGAUCUGAUGACCGAGAUCCAGGUGAGCCUGACAAAGCUGUCUGUGCCUGAUGAUACCUCGCAUGUUCAGGAUAUGCAGGAUCAGAUUUUCAAAGCUAAGCGUGUGCUUGCUCGUCUGGAAAGGAGCUCUGAGGUCUCUGUUGGAAGGGCUCAGUGUGUGCCGCCUUACCUGGGGGGAAAGCUGGACCUGAAGCUGCCCAAGUUCUGUGGGGAUGUGGAAAAGUGGUCAGAGUUCUGGAGCCUGUUCUGUGUAUCUGUCCAUGACAACCCUGCUUAUGCACCUGUCGAAAAGCUGGUGCACUUGAAGGCGCACCUCGUCGAUCAGGCAGAGGUGGCUGUGCAGGGUCUUCCCAUCACUGACCAGGGCUACUUGAAGGCUGUGGAGACCCUGAAGGAAAGGUUUGAUCGCCCAGAUUUGUGCAUUAAGGUGCUGAUGCAGAGAUUGUUGUCCACCACCCCUGUGCACAGUGACAAUGACUUGGUCCGCUUGCGCCGCAUGAUUGAUGGGCUGGUUUCUGAGGUCAGGGCGCUGGAGACGAUGAACGUGUUGCCCGACUCAUAUGCUGUCCUGCUGAUGCCUGUGCUAUUGUCGUGCAUCCCUGAGUCAUGGAAGAUUGAGUGGCUGAGAUGCAGUGCUGACUCAUCUGAUGAACUCACAGUCUUCCUGAAGUUCCUGCAGAAGGAGAUGAGCAUCAGGGAGGAGGCAGCUGCUCGGAGGAAGAGGAUCACCAGUGAGCAGCCACCUACCGCAGCACCUGGGAAGCCGACAGUCAGCAUGUUGAACGUGAGGCAGAAGAAGGGACCUGACUGGGUGACGACGACGUGCUGACGCCCGCGCACCUGUUGUUCGGGGUCACGUCCAUCCGUGGCGUGCUCUCUCCGUCUGGCCACGAGCUGGACAGCCUGAGUCGGCGCUGGCGGCACCAGCGGCUGGUCAGCGAGCACCUGGUUCAGCGAUGGACCAAAGAGUACCUGCAGACUCUACGCACGUGGAGCUUCUCUCGGCGCGGCCGUCCGGUUCGGCUGCCCGAGGUCGGAGAGAUUGUGCUGGUGCACGCGGAAGGUCCGCGUGGUCGCUGGCCUCUGGCGCGCGUGGUGUCCCUCCUGUCUGGAGCGGACGGCCGCGCUCGCGCGGCGAGUAUCGUGCUAAGAGGGCGACUUACCCGCCGCCCGAUCAACAAACUGUUGAGACUAGAGGCGUCGGAGUGAAGUGAGCGUCGGCGAGGCGAGUGCCGAAAAAAAAGUGACUUGUGUGCUGAGUGAGGAGAGACUUUUCGAAGUGACGGCUCACUUCGAAAGUGGGGAGUAUGUCGCUAUUCGUUACUGCCCUGUGACCUUUUUUUCUCCUCAUGUUACCGUACCGUAUUUGUUUUCCAUCAUUACUGUGUUGUAUCCUACCUUUCCUUUACGCCCCGUCAUUUUAUUUUACUCAUGGCAGCCCAUUUGGUAACCCCUGCAUCCUUCACGAAUAUUUUUCCUAACCGCGCCGAUUUCGCUUUGUUGUCGUAUUUCGUUCUGAGUUCUGUCGCCUCCGCCGCCGUGUGAGGUUGUGUACCGCCAGUGUGCUAUCUGCUGCCACCACCGCCACCAAUAUAAUUGAAGUGCUCAUAUAUUCAAGUUUUUAAGUCAAACCAGAGAGCCGGCCCUAUUUAUUUCAU